AUGUUUCUCGAAGGGGGCCCAGAAAGGAAAGAUCCUAUCGCCUCCUACAGCCGCUACAAGUCGGAAGAUGUUGACGUUGCGCCACUUGGAAGGCCUAUUCGCUUCGCGUUUGCCCAAAAGGAGGCGCCGAAUCGAUUUCUUAAAGCCGCCAUGAGCGAGCGGCUCGCGUCAUGGAGUCCUCAACAACUGAAUCUACGUGGCAUUGUAUCUCCGGAGCUGAUAAACCUGUAUCGACGAUGGGGUGAAUCGAAACUUGGAUUGAUAUUGACGGGGAAUAUAAUGGUCGCUUACGACCACCUAGAAGCCCCUGGCAACCCUGUGAUCGAUGUUAACGAUCAGUUCUCUGGUGUUCGGUUCGAAGCUUUCCAGGAAUUGGCAAGAGAGACUAGAAAGCAUGGCAGUCUUUUGAUAGGACAGGUCUCUCAUCCAGGACGUCAAGUUCCCGAAGUGAUCAACCCUAAUCCAAUCUCUGCCAGUGCUGGCCAGCUAGAAGGAGAAGUCUUGAAGAUGCGGUUCGGCAAGCCUCGUGCGGCGUCGAUCGAGGAAAUCCGUUCUAUCGUCGAAGCUUUCACACACGCAGCAGAAUAUCUGUACAUGGCAGGGUUUGACGGAAUCCAGCACCAUGGCGCUCAUGGUUAUCUCUUGUCUCAGUUUAUCUCUCUCGACACAAACCAUCCCACCGAUAGUUACGGAGGCUCUUUUCAGAACCGAGCCCGAAUUGUUUUGGAAAUUGCCCAGUCUGUUCGCACCCGUCUUGGGAAGGUCGCCAACUUUGUCAUCGGUAUAAAACUGAACAGCGUGGAGUUCCAAAAGUCCGGCAAGGGUAUUACUCCAGAUGAAUGCAGGGAGCUCUGCACUAUCUUGGAGACUCAAGGUCAAUUUGACUUUGUAGAACUCUCAGGAGGCACGUAUGAACACGUGGGCUGGGAACACAAGCGUGAAUCCACUAUGAAGAGAGAGGCAUUCUUUCUCGAAUUUGCCGAAGCAAUUCCUCCUCGACUUUCGAAAACAAAGGUCUACGUGACUGGAGGUUUUAUAUCAGCUGGCGGGAUGGUGAGGGCGCUGGAUUCGGUAGACGGGAUUGGCCUGGGAAAGCCAGUUUGCCAGGAACCCUCACUUGCUGCUGACAUCCUAGCAGGCAAGGUGACGGGCUCUAUCGUUUCGAAGAUCGACCAAAACAACUUUCAACUGACAAUUUUAGCUGCUGGAACACAGCUUUGGCAAGUUGGAAAUGGUAUUUCCCCGUCAAACUUUGAAGAUGAAAAGGAGGUUAAACGCUUCCUGCUAGCACUGGAAACUUUUGAAAAGCAAAGACAGUCCGAUACAGAAAGAAACCUGUACGGCUUCGUGAACUUUAGGUAG